GGCAAGAGAAAGAGAAUGCUGGAGGAGCAGAGGAAUACACUAAUCAAUUAAUUAACCCAUGCUGUUACAUGUAGUUCAUUGUCAUAAUCAUACAGCUUUUCUGAUCCUUCCAUAUUGGCAGAUGGAUGAAAUGCAGUGGGGCAAAGGAGUGAAGAAAAUUCCUUCUUCAGUCUGCAGUCUUCCCUGUAAACCAGGAGAACGAAAAAGGAUUAUGAAAGGGAUGAGCUGCUGCUGGCAGUGUGAACUGUGUGAUGGUUACCAAUACCAGUUUGAUGAAGUGAGCUGCAAGCUGUGCUCCUACAAUCAACGACCAAAUGAGAAUCGCACCGGAUGUAGCCCUAUCCCUAUUGUAAAGUUGGAGUGGCAUUCACCAUGGGCAGUCAUUCCAGUCUUUCUGGCCAUGCUUGGAAUUAUUGCCACCAUAUUUGUCAUGGCAACCUUCAUUCGGUACAAUGAUACUCCCAUUGUGAGGGCUUCUGGAAGGGAACUUAGCUAUGUUUUGUUGACAGGAAUCUUUCUGUGUUAUAUCAUCACUUUCUUGAUGAUUGCCAAGCCAGAUGUUGCCGUGUGUUCUUUCCGGCGUAUCUUCCUGGGAUUGGGAAUGUGCAUAAGCUAUGCUGCCCUGUUGACUAAAACAAACCGUAUCUAUCGCAUAUUUGAACAGGGCAAAAAAUCAGUGACAGCACCCAGGCUUAUUAGCCCAACAUCACAAUUAGCAAUCACAUCAAGUUUGAUAUCAGUACAACUUCUUGGAGUUUUCAUUUGGUUUGCUGUUGAUCCACCAAACAGUAUUAUAGAUUAUGAUGAACAUAAGUCUAUGGAACCAGAUCAAGCCAGAGGCGUUCUCAAAUGUGACAUUACGGAUCUACAAAUAAUAUGCUCUUUGGGGUAUAGCAUUCUUCUAAUGGUUACAUGUACUGUUUAUGCCAUCAAGACUCGGGGUGUCCCAGAGAAUUUUAAUGAAGCCAAACCCAUUGGAUUCACUAUGUACACUACAUGUAUAGUAUGGCUUGCCUUCAUUCCAAUAUUUUUUUGCACUUCCCAAGCAGCUGAAAAGGUCUAUGUACAAACCACCACCCUUACAAUAUCUAUGAACUUAAGUGCUUCAGUGGCCUUGGGAAUGCUUUACAUGCCGAAAGUUUACAUCAUCAUCUUCCAUCCUGAACUAAACGUCCAAAAGCGGAAACGUAGCUUCAAAGCAGUAGUGACAGCAGCCACUAUGUCAUCACGACUAUCACACAAAACUAGCGACAGGCCCAACGGGGAAGCAAAAACAGAACUUUGUGAAAAUGUAGAUCCAAACAACUGCAUACCACCUGUAAGAAAAAGUGUUCAAAAAUCUGUUACUUGGUACACUAUUCCACCUACAGUAUAGCUCUUGCCUGCUUUUUAGAAGGCCCUGCCGCAAAAAAGAAGUAUGUCAGUUAUAACAACCUGGUAAUCUAAUCCGCUGCAUCAGACGGAAUCAUGGGAGGAUGGAGAUUUUCAUCCAUUCAGUCACCAAACCUUAUGUAGGCCUGUUCCUGAAGCUGCUGAGUAUGCACUGCUGGAAGAGUUGAAAGGCCAGGCACUCAUUAUGGAGGAUCCAAGUAUUCUGGACAGCUGCUCAAUGAAAAUAUUCUUACAAUAUUCUUGGCUUAAUAAGUCACUGGCACUGCCAUUAGGCUGUGAUGUUGGACCUUUUUCUUUGUUUGGGAGACAUUAUCUCUGAGCUCCAAUCUGCAACACUGGCCUAGCAUCUCUGGGUGGAUUGCAAUUGGCAAAGUUGACUUUCAUGGGGAUAUUUUUUUGUCUUUAUAUGUACUUCCAAACUGCAAGUUUUUCAACUUUCUGUACAGUUUGUGAGGAUUUUCUUCUUUUUUUGUGUGUGCAUUCUUUUCACAUAUUGCCAUUUACGUUGUUUCAGAGGAUUAACAAUGGUUUGGAAUGCACAGCCUCAGGCAAGCAAGCUCUGUUCGUUUCACAGCACAUUCAGUAGGGAGAGAGAAAAAAAAAAUAAAGACACCCACACCCCCUUCCCUCAAGAUUGGGAAGCAUUUAUAUUUGUGACAUGUAUGAUCACAAUGGAAUACCUACAAUUCAUACAAGUUUUUUAUUUAUUUAUUUUAAAAAGGGAGAAAAAAGUCUAAGACCAAAAACUGUGCUGAUUAAACGAGCCCCUUCCCUGUUCCUCACCUUUACCUCCACCUUCAUCCUUUGCCUUUCAAAAUUCUGAUGGCAACAGAAAAAGCAGAACAGUUUGCUGAGCUUUGAUAGAGGUCGUCUCAGUAUUUGGAAUGCAUGCCAGUAGCGUAAUUUGUUCAUAUUUUAUGUUAAGUAUUUGUAUUUCUACUUUUCUGAUAUUUUUUUUUGGUUUGUUUUUCAUUAAGUAUAUAAUUUUGCAAUAAUUUCAAUAAUUCUUAUGCUGUUUGGGAGAAAGAAAAUGGCUUUUACAUGUCUUGAAUUUCUUUUCCCCUCUUUGUUGAUGCCCUAACUGACUGACCGGUGUGAUUAAAAAAAAAAGAAUUUUAAGGAAAAAAGCAUGUAUGUUUUAUACUGUUUGUAAUAAGUAAUUUCGUUGAUCUUGCUGCUUAUGUGCCAAUUUAGUGAGAACAAAUCUUUGCUGCAAAACUCCCCCCUUUCCGUAUUCUCAAUCCUGUG